AUGGAAGAUGUCGACCAAAAUGGAUCUCAAAAUAGUUCGCAAUCUGCUGAAGUCCAAUUGAUUCUGCAAACGGGUGACAAACCGAUUUCUUUCACCAUUCUUCGACCCAUAGCAAACCCCAGCAUCCGCACGCUACUACAUCACGAUAUACUACUUCGAAAGGUGUUCUUCAGCAAACAAUUGAGCUCUGUCACUGCUGAUACAUCAACUGCAUACUUUGUACAGGUCAUAGAUUCAUUAAGCUCUACACGCUUUGGUAUAAUUAAUAGAAUUCUACCGUCUCCAUAUGCCUACGAGCUAUUCGUCUUCUCAUCCACUGAGACGGCCAACAGGCUCCAGUAUACCGCUGAAACCUUCAUUUCAAGCUUAUCGAAGCAAGAAUUUAUAGAAAACUGGACCACAAAUCCACGACUAUCGUCCGUUGGACCUCCGAAUCUAUCAGGAUUCUCGAUGAAGCCUCCUUCGUCGCAUCUUUCCCCGGUCACGAGCCGUCACAUAGUUGUUACCGAAUUAUCUCCCCAAAGUGAGACCGACCCCGUCAAUUUUCUUCAGUCACGCUACUAUAGCAUUCUUUACUCCUUGUCCACGCCACUUUCAUAUUUCCCCAAAACCACCUUAACGCGUCUACGAAAUAUGUGUGGUAAAAACUCAAAAGAAUUGGAAGAGAGUUUAUUGUCAGUCUACUUGAGCCCCGAGGGCCUCAAUCGAAGGCAUAGACUGAGGUAUGGUCUUGAUUCAGAAAACAGGAACAUGGAGCAUUUGACUAUUUGUAAAUAUGAGGCUGAAAACCGGGAGCAGCUUUUGAGAAGACACUUUUUGGGUGCGGCAUCUGAUGAGAAUAGACAGAAUGUAAUCUUUGAUCUAAAGCGCAGAGAAGCUCAGCUUCAAAUAUUGGUGAUCAUGCAGAUUCUUUUGAACUGGGGGGUCGACGAGACCAAGUUUUUAAGGAGAAGCUUGAAGAAGCAAGAGGAAGUUCAGAAGAAGACACACAAGCCUUCUCUCGUUCGCAAGAAGUCCAAAGCUAUCAAAAAAAUAGUGCCUACCUUCUUGGGUGUGGGAGUCCACGAGAAUGAUUCACAAGUUGGAUUGCAAAAUAAUUCAAUUACCGAAACAUCAAUUUUCUACUCGCUAAUAUUUCUUGUCGACCAGAUGAGUAUAUGGGACGUUGUCACUGGGAAACUCAAACAGAAGAAGGAUGACAGCAUGUAUGGAUUUCUCGCGUACGUCUUUGUGCCAUUCUUUAAUGACAAGUUACCUCGGAUUGUCAAAUUUGUAAUUGAAAAGGUGAAGGAGCUGCAACCUAAUUUUAAGGUACCCAAGAUUAGGUCCUCGAAAAACAAUGGUGAUGAGAGUCCAUAUGAUUCCUCAACCAUUAAAACAUCCAAGAGCGAAGACUCGACACUCUCGGAGAAGGGAAAGCCAUCAAGGUUCAAGAAAAUCCUCUUGCCAAGAGACCAUACCCCCAUUCUUCGAAAAGCCAGGACAUCAAUCAGCGAAGAUACUGAGAAACCUGCUUUUUCGUUAAAAAGAACCAAAUCAAACUUGGGCUCUAAGAAUUUGAAAAAGAGACAAGUCGAUAUGUCGAUCCGUAAUAAAGACGAUCUGGCGGAGAACGACAAAUCCACCUCACUCAUUUUCGCUGAUGCACGAAGGAGCAAGGUUAUGAACGGUUCUUUCUUGACAAGCAAAACGCUGUCAGACUCUUUUCAAAAGACUGUCAAUGAUGUCACUUUGAUUCAAGCUACACCGUCAGCGAAGCGAAUACGAGAUGUUAUCAUGGCAACUCCUCAGAAUGUUCCUUUAGAAAAAGCAGAGAUCAUUGUUCCCGACUCGACGAAAAGAACGUCUCUAGUUCAGCAAAAGCUAUCUCAGUUAGCUCCGCCGCUUGACACAGAGACUAAAGUGUUCAGUUCUCCAGUGUAUGGCUCUUCGGACAAAUCGUCACAUUUGUUUCUGCAUCCGUCUGAGCGGCAGGUAAUCCAAAGCUCACCCUCGAUGAUAACAUCCUCACCAACAAAGCCUGAUGAAGACUUGAUUAAGCCUGACAACCUUAGGAAUCCAUUUAUGAAGGCAACUUUACAGGGAUCUCCAGGUCGCCCUGUGCAAGGCAGGAAGCGAUCAAAACAAGAUUACGGUACGGCAACUGUGGAUACAAUUCAAGAUACCAAAACGCCUGUCUCGAUAACUUUCGAAGGUCGUAGUGUUCCUAUUUUACAGCCGAACCAGAGUGCACUAGAUAAUGACGGCGAAGCAACGGAUGCUGACUCAGAUCAUAUGGGCAGAAAUGACUCAGAUUCGGAUUCGGAUUUCGAAAAACUACUUGCAAGGGCGUCCAAUCGCCCUAUAAAAACGUACAGUCGAGGACGAAAGAGAUGA